AUGGGCUUUCACUCGCUCCUUCUCUUGGCUAUGCUCGCCUGGACUCUUGUGUCGGCGAGGAAAUGCCAAAACAUCACCAUCCCCGUCCAAAUCUCAGCUCGCAACGCCGCCUUCGACGUGGCAGUGCCUCGGUCUGGCCUCGAAGUGACUGAUUUCGCCCUCGACUUUGGUCGUCAAGGGAACAACUACUCGCAGUCGAUCCUCCACGACUACAUCACGGUCACGGGUAGCUACCAAAUCUUCGCGACGUACUGCUCGCCGGACGACGGUCCAGGCAGUGUCCUCCAGAUCCUCACACACGGUAUCGGCUUCGACAAGAGCUACUGGGAUCUCCCGUUCAACAACUUCAAUUACAGCUACAUCGCAGUUGCUGUUGACCAGUACGGAUAUUCGACUCUUGCAUGGGAUCGUCUGGGCAUCGCAAAUUCCUCCCACGGCGAUCCUCUGGCAGAGAUACAAACCCCGCUCACGCAAGCUGCCCUCGCCGCCUUGACCGAUCAUGCCCGCAAGCAUCACUCUCCUGGUAGUCCAGACGGCAGUUUCAAGAUUAUCCACGUCGCUCACUCUUUCGGCGCCGUCCUAUCCUAUGGGCUCGCUCGCGACGAUCCCUCUGCUACCGACGGUCUCAUCCUCCAAGGUUGGGCUAUGGAGAAGACGUAUUUCUCGUACUUCGUCUUUGGCGGCAAUUUGAUCUCCGUCACCGACCUUACUAGUGCCUACGAAGCUGGAUACCUUGCCGCUGGGAACCAAGCAGCUUUGCACACUAACUUCCUUGGCCCAGGCCAGUACGAUCCGGAUAUCGUGGCUUAUGCAUAUGCAAACGGCCAACCCGCUGCGAUGGGCGAACUCCUUACCAUCGGCGGUGCCAUGUAUGGGACCAGCGAUUUCUCAGGACCCGUCAUGGUCAUCACUGGUGAGAGAGAUCUUCCGUUCUGCGGUGGCAAUUGCUAUGUGACUGGAGAUAACAACGCCGACAGUAUCCCGGACAUGGCGAAGCGGUUUUUCCCCAACGCCAAGGACGUCAACGUCACGAUCGUAGCCGGUGGCGGACAUGGGUUGAACAUGGAGUACGGGCACGAGACGGUGUACCGUGCUAUGAACGACUUUUUGGGAUCCAGCGGGUUGAGUGCGCAGAGCAGCAGACGGGACGUUGCGGAGUGA